UCUAACCCAGCGCUCUGCUCCCUCACUCAAAAGUGCGAAAGCUCUCUGACUGGAGCAGUUCAAAGAGGAGAGCGAGGAUCCGAAGCAGCUCCAGAGCGCCGAGCUCCUCCAAGACGUCAGCACUAGGAGAGAGAGAGAGAGCACAGAGAGACACUUCAACCUCUCCGCUGUAAAGUUUGCAAAGCAGAGACAGACAGAAGCUGUCCCAGAGAGAGCAGUUCGUACAGUAGCUGCGACCAUCACAUCGAAAAGACACCUCUCUGCUUUGCUGAGUAACAUCUCCUCUCCUCCGAUAAUUUCAAAAAUCUCUGUCACCUCCAGCCACCAGCUGGAACGAUUUCUUACGCAUUGUACAAAACUUCAGUCAAACUUUUUUUCUUUGCAAACUAAUAUUUUUAUUUUGGGAACUUCACUCCCAGCCCCCUUUGCCUUCCUCCUCUCCGGUAAGCUUUGGAGAAGAUGUCAGUUUACCUGCUCGGUGGGAUAUUUCUGCUGCUCGGUGGGGUUUGGGCGCGGGCUUCUCCCACGUUACCUGGCCCGGAGGGAGCGGUCUCGGACUGCCCGAGCUGUUCCGUGCCCAAGCUGCCAGCGGACGCAGCCGGCGUUGACAAUCAGCUGGUGGAAGCCGUGAAAAGGCACAUCCUGAACAUGCUGCACUUGAAGAGCAGGCCCAACAUUACCCACCCGGUCCCCAAAGCCGCACUUCUGAACGCCCUGAAGAAACUGCACGUAGGGCGAGUGCGAGAGGACGGGGGAGUGGAAAUGGAAGAACAUUCGUCCAGCAAGUCAGACUUGAACGAACCUGAACAGGCUUCAGAGAUCAUCAGCUUCGCUGAGGCAGGUCCGACCCAGGAUGUCGUGCACUUUCAAAUCGCCAAGGAGGAAGAUGGUGACCUUUCCCUGGUGGAUCAGGCCAAUAUCUGGCUCUACCUGAAGGUCUCAAACAAGUCGAAUCGAAGCAGAAGUAAAGCAACCAUCAGGCUGUACCAGGAGGGAGCUGGCAGCAAGGCCAUCAGCGAGAAGCAGGUGGACAUCAAGAGGAGUGGCUGGCAUACCCUUCCGGUGUCGAGGAGUGUGCAGGCAAUCCUGGCGACCCAGGAGAGGUCCCUGAUGCUGAAGGUUUCCUGUGACCUGUGCCAGGAGGCCGCCGUCUCCCCAGUCCUAAUGGAGCCGGCGGAGAAGGACCAGUCCCACCAGCCCUUCCUGAUGCUACUGCUCCGGGAGUCAGACUCACACACUCACCGGAUCCGCAAGCGGGGACUGGAGUGUGACGGGAAAGUCAACAUCUGUUGCAGGAAGCAGUUUUAUGUGAAUUUCCGAGACAUCGGCUGGAGCGACUGGAUCAUAGCGCCAGCCGGGUACUAUGGGAACUACUGCGAGGGCGAAUGUCCGAGUCACAUCGCCGGGACAUCGGGCUCGUCCCUCUCCUUCCACUCGGCUGUCAUCAACCAUUACAGGAUCAGGGGUUACAGCCCUUUCAACAACAUCAAAUCAUGUUGUGUCCCCACCAAACUCAGGGCUAUGUCUAUGCUGUAUUACGAUGAUGGACACAACAUUGUGAAAAAGGACAUCCAGAACAUGAUCGUGGAGGAGUGUGGCUGUUCAUAAACCCUGUGAGACACACAUACACACACACACAUACACACACAGGCAGACUGGGACAAAGAGAGAUUCAUACAAACAGAAAGAAAAAAAAACACAGUACACACAUCAGAUUUAGGACGAUAUCCUGUGUGGGUCUCUCCGGAGCUGUAAAACUAACUCAGACUUUAGACACCGAGGGUCAGACAGGGUCUAACAUGGAUUCAUCUCUACCAAACCCCAUGUGGCCCUCAGCCACGCACCUUUCCCUGCCUGUGGCUAACAGUUGACUUUCACACCCUGACCUACACUCACUUACCGGCCCUCUUACACACACAGCUGGCUUCUUCUAGUGCAUUUAUUUUGUUCACGUCGUGACAUCCUUUGGCACUUUCCCGGACAAAAUGCACAAGAUCUAACUUUCUGUUGUUUCCAGGCCCGGCUUUACCAAGGAGCUGCACUGUUUUCUUAUUCGCAAAAACUACUUCCACGUGUGUAAGAUGCCUAAGACCAGAACUAUGCAAUCUUAAAAAAAGGCUUUCUUUGGUUUACCUAAAAGGAGACGCUUGCUUCUAUUGGAAGCAAAUAUUCAGUUGUUGAGAGAUACUUGAAAGGAGCACGUUCGCCCCGCUGCUGGGCCAAACGCUUUUUUUUAACUUUGUGACCUUUACGAUUUGCACUAAAACGACAUUUGCCUGUCUAACCGUAUCUAAAGGGAAGUGUUUGAAAGGACAGGGGACUGCACUCAGAACAGAACAAAACGAGUUUCUAUGAACUUUUGUAUCAACGGACGAACAGACACCAAAGAGAUUUGUGUAAAUGUUAUUCUGUGAUUUCUACAAGGAGACUAUUUUUAAAAAAAAACUUUAAAAAUAUUAAAAAAAAAACACCUGUAGAUGAGUAUGGCUCCAGUAUCAGGACUUGGAUUGAACACUCAGUACGUUUGAUACAUCACAACAGAGACAUGUGGAUGUCUGGAAGCACCAACGAUCUGACCUGAGUUAAAUCCUAGAUCCCAGGUGUAGUUUGCACACUGUCUGAAAGCGAUUUAGCAAAAAGCACUUCUAGCCGUCUGCUUAUUUCUUAUUUAAACAAAAAAAAGUGAUCAGCGUCUUAGAGAAAAAAAAUCCGAACUUUUGCUUAAAGAUAGUAGGCCUAUUUUUG